AUGGCACCAAGAAGCACCAUCUUCAUCUGCUUUACUUUUCUUAUCUUUCUACCAUCAAUCAUUCUCUUAUCGAUCAACCACUGCGACGCUUCUCCAUCAUCAUGGGACCAAUAUGCUGAUCAGUGUAAUGGCACUGUGGGUGAAUGCCCAAUGUUAGUGAAAGACGAUGAAGAAUUUCUGAUGGACACUGAAGAACAUAGACGGAUUCUGGCCCAAACAGUGAAACGUACUUUGGCUAGUCAAAACCGUGGAAAUCCUGCUUGUGGAAACAAGUGUCAAGGAGCGUAUAAUGUAGGGAAUAGGCCAUGUACUAAAGGUAAUUACUGUGAUAGGGGAUAA